GAGAGCGUCCCCUGAAACGCUGCCCCGAGCCCGAGGGCACAGUGCCAGCUGUCCCCGCGGAAUGCACCUGGGUGGCGCCUGUUGACAGCCUUUUCCUCUGGACGGGUUUGCAGCUGGUGAGAGAGCUCAGCUCCGUGCGAUUACGGUGCUAAGCCUAGCGGUGGGCUGGUGCGUUCCAGCCCCCGGGGCUCUGCGCUCCUAUACACGGGGCUCCGUGCUGGGCUCCCCGUGUGCCUCGCCACAGCGGCCGGGAGCAGAGAGCGCCAGCGGCCGUGUCUCUCUUUCCCUCGCGCGCUCCCUCGCUCCCCCGUCCGAGCCCUUUGCCAAGGGAUGGGCCUGUGACUAUUGGCUAAAGUUCUCCCAGCGAUUUGCAUGAGCAGAGAGGGGCGUGUCUUCAGCUGCCUUCGCACCAGGAGCUAAAUGACUGCAGUUUCAGUGGGAAUGAACUACCAAGGGACUGGCAGGUGCUCGCAAGCCCUAGGAACAAGCUGGCUUCCGAGGAGCAGGCACCGGCAGCUGGAGAUGGGGCACCUACGCAGCGCUGGGCGCACCGUCAGCCACAGAAACCUGCAGCAUUUGUUCCUUUUCCUGCUCUUCAUCGGCCCUUUCAACUGCUUUGCCAGUUACAGCCGUGCCACCGAGCUCUUCUACAGCCUCAACGAGGGGCUGCCGGCCGGAGUGCUCAUUGGGAGCCUGGCACAGGACCUGCGGCUGCAUGGGGUGGCUGUGGAGGGGCUGCCAACCCGUCGCGGAGAUCCUGUGCUGUCCUUCAGCCUGGCCUCCCAGGGGCUGGGUGGCCAGUAUGUGAGCCUGGACAACCGCUCAGGGGAGCUGCACACCUCAGCCCUGCAGAUUGACCGUGAGGCGCUGUGCCUAGAGACCGGUGCUGGCUCACCUGCCUCUCUGCCGGCGCCAUCCUCGGAGCCCUGCCUGCUGCUGCUGGAUGUGCUGGUGCUGCCCCAGGAGCACUUCCGCCUAGUGAAGGUGAAGAUCGCCAUCCGCGAUGUCAAUGACAAUGCGCCACGAUUCCCUGUGCCCAACAUGCGCCUCUGGGUACCCGAGAACGCCCCUGUCGACACCCGCCUGGCCAUAGAGCACCUAGCCCUCGACCCUGACCUGGGCACCAAUGCAGUCCAGACCUACCGCCUUCAGGACAACUAUGGGGUCUUCACCCUAGAUGUGGAGGAGAAUGAGAGUGGGGAGAGGACCCCCUACCUGAUUGUUAUGGGGGCCCUGGACAGGGAGGACAGGGAGGAGUAUGUCACCCUCAUCAUCGCAGAGGAUGGGGGGACCCCGCCAUUGCUGGGCAGUGCCACCCUCAUCAUUGGCAUCAGUGACAUCAAUGACAACUGCCCCCAGUUCAGUGAUUCUCAACUCAACAUCACCGUCUAUGGGAAUUCCAGUGCAGGGACACAUGUGGCCACCAUCCAUGCAGUUGACAUGGACCUGGGUUCCAAUGCCCAGAUCUCUUACUCUUACAGUCAAAAGGUCCCCCAGCCAUCAAAAGACUUGUUUCAUCUGGACGAAAGUACAGGAGCCAUCAAGCUCUCCAGUAAGAUUGAUGGUGAUGCUCCCCGGCUCCAUAGGUUGACUAUAUUGGCCAACGGUGCUGGUUGUAUCCCUGCUGUGAUCACUGUGCUGGUGUCCAUCAUCAAAGUCAUGUUGAGACCCCCUGAAGUGGUCCCUCGUUUUAUAGCUAAUGAAGUAGAAGGUGUGGUUUACUUGAAAGAACUGGAGCCUGUUAACACACCAAUAGCAUUUUUUACUAUAAAAGACCCAGACGAAAAAUAUAAAGUGGAUUGCUUUUUGGAUGGCAAUGGGCCAUUCAAACUGUCACCAUACAAACCAUACCAUAAUGAAUAUUUAUUAGAGACUACAAGGCCUUUAGACUAUGAGGUACAGCAGCUCUAUGAAAUAUCAGUGAUUGCAUGGAACUCAGAGGGAUUUCAUGUAAACAAGAUAAUUAAAGUGCAGGUUCUGGACGAUAACGACAACUCACCAGUUUUCCCUCAACAAUUAAUAGAAUUAUCUAUUGAAGAAAAUAAUGCGCCCAAUGCUUUUUUGACCAAAUUGCAUGCAACAGAUGCUGACAGUGGAGAAAGAGGGGAAGUGUCCUAUUUUCUAGGACCUGAUGCCCCUUCAUAUUUUUCUUUAGAUAAGACUACAGGUGUUCUUACAGUUUCCACUCAGCUGGACAGAGAAGAAAAAGAGAAAUACAGAUAUACUGUUAAAGCAAUAGAUUCUGGAUUGCCUCCCAGAGAAUCGAUAGCAACUGUCACCAUCACAGUGCUGGAUAAAAAUGACAAUAGUCCUAGAUUUAUCAAUAAGGAUUUCAGUUUUUUUGUACCAGAAAACUUUCCAGGUUUGGGGGAAAUUGGAGUUAUCAGUGUUACAGAUGCUGAUUCAGGGCAAAAUGGAUGGGUAGCUCUUUCAGUUGUAAAUGGAAGUGAUAUUUUUGUGAUAGAUACUGGCAAAGGAGUUUUGAGAGCUAAGGUCUCCCUCGACAGGGAGCAGCAAAGUUCCUAUGUCUUGUGGGUUGAAGCUGUUGAUGGAGGUGACCCUGCCCUUUCUUCUACUGCCAAAAUAACUGUCCUUCUUCUGGACAUUAAUGACAACCCCCCACUGGUCUUGUUUCCUCAGUCUAAUACGUCUUAUUUGUUGGUACUUCCUUCUACUCUUCCUGGCUCUCCCAUCACAGAAGUCUAUGCUGUAGAUAAAGACACUGGCAUGAAUGCUGUCAUAGCUUACAGCAUCAUAGGUAGAAGAGGUCCACGACCUGAAUCAUUUAGGAUUGACCCUAAAACUGGUAAUAUCACCUUGGAAGAGUCACUGAUGCAGAAUGACUAUGGUCUCUACCGACUACUGGUAAAAGUUAGUGAUCAUGGCUAUCCAGAGCCCCUCCAUUCCACAGUCAUGGUGAACCUUUUUGUCAACGACACAGUGAGCAAUGAGAGCUAUAUUGAAAGUUUGUUAAGAAAGGAACCUGACAUUAAUAUAGAGGAAAAGGAGCCACAAAUAUCUAUAGAGCCUACACAUAAAAAAAUGGAGUCACCAUCUUGCGUGCCUACAUUAGUAGCCCUGUCAAUAAUAAGCUUGGGGUCAAUCACUUUAGUAACUGGGAUGGGCAUUUACAUCUGUUUAUGGAAAGGGAAAAAGCAUCACAGAGCAGAUGAAAAUUUGGAAGUACAAAUCCCACUAAAUGGAAGAAUUGACCUUCAUAUGUUGGAGAAGAAACCAAUGGAGAUUUCUAAUAUUUGAUGUUUCCAUGUGGAUAAACCAAACUGCUGUCUAACAAACCUUGGACAAUGGCCAGAUUGGGUAUGUUGACAGCAGUUACAAUGAAGGACCACUAAUUUAUAACUUAAUAAUAUUAUAAUUGUAAAUAGCUGUUUACAGGUUUUUUAAAGUCAGAUUGUGAUUACUGCUUUUUUAAUGAAAUCUUCGUACUAACCACUAGCAAGGAGUCUAUAAAAACAUGAACACCAUUUGCAGCUAUCAUAAACCCAUCAUAUCAGUGAUUAUACAGAGAGAGGAAGGUAAGACGAUGCAUUAAUCUUAAGUUUAAUAAGUUUAAAAAGUCAUUUUAACCACAAGAGGGCAUCAGAUGCUCCUGUGCAGGGAACUGUUUGAGGUACUGUUGAUGAGAUUAAUGCAAAGUAUAUUUAUGGGUUUUAAUAUGAAACAUAUCUGGAUAUACAUAUAUUUUCACAAAAGAAACAUGUAUUCCACUGGAUGUAUGAUAAAAAGAAGAGGAGGAAACAUGCACCAGUAAAGCAAGCAGAAUUUUUUCCUCAUGAGUAAUACUUAGUAUGAUAGAGAAGGCAUUAACAAGAAGUGCAAUUCCUGUUGAGCAAAGAUGCAAAAUAUUGUCAUGUAAUCAGAAUUUGAACUGCUGUAACAUCUUCAUCUUUCACUUAUUACAGACUUAAUAUCUUCACACAAACUACUGUUGCUCCAACAGUUUACUUGCCGUUAUUAGGGAAAAACUUGUAUUUAAUAUUUCUUACAACAAAGGUGUACACACACACACACACACACACACACACACACAUGUCCAUCUCGGUAAAUAUGGCCAGAUGCAAGGAAGAAAGGGAAUGGCUAAAUUCUUCGUUGUCCCAGAAGUGUUGAUAUUUUUAUUCUUCCAGCAAUCUGUCAGUCAUAUUCCAUCACUUUGGUUGUGUAACAGAUAUUUUUAUGUGAUACUUCUGACGCUAACCUGUCAGAUGAAAACAAAAAAAACUUCACAUUAUUAACAAUUCUAGAACUUAGUUUAUACUGACUAUUUCUCCUCUCUGGGUUGGUAUUUCAUGUGAAAGAUCUGAUUUCUGCCUUUUUUGGCUACUAUUCCAGGCUCCUUUUCACUGGUUUUGUUUUUUGGAUCAAUUCCAAAAUCGUAUUUGUAAGACUGGUGGCAUAUUUUCUCGAUAAUUUAUUCUUUGCUGCAUCCUCUGCAACAAAGCAGCAGGAUUAUCAGUGAUGCAUCAUUUUCACUUCAUUGUAAGAGCUGGGAACUAUCUGCAGUAUGAUGGUUACAUCAAAUUUAUCUGUGUAAACAAGGUAAAUAAGUGUUAUGCUUAAAACUAAUCAUUUUGAUUUCUGGCAUCAUAUGUCUGUACUGUACCCAAAGUGUUUAUAUGUCUGCAAAUUAAAGCUAUAUAUUUUCAUAAUAA